CUCCAUGUUGUAUGUACAUCGUGAGAAACCAGUUUUCGUUCGCGCGUCUACGAUCAGCAACGCGUCGAUCGUCCGAUCGUUCGAUCACGCCGAUCGCCGAUCACGGGCGUGUGUGCGCGCGCGAGCGCGCACUCUCGCUCGACCUCGACUGGAGGCUCUUUCGAAAUCCCACGUGGGGUCGAGAGAACCUCCGUGGAAUAUCGAUAUUGUGUGCAAAAUAGAGAUAAGACGUAAGACCAUUCGCGACGACCUCUUGGCGAAUGGUUUGCUGCUCGGACGAGCCGAAACGAGAGAGAGAACUAGAUAGAUAGAUAGAUAGAGAGAGGGAGAAAGAGAGAGAAAUGAUGCUCGGCAAGUUGAGCGCGAGACUGCGGCAUACUGGAAAGAAGCUGCUUUUGAGCUGUGGCGAGAUUUCCGCUUAUUCCGCCACUCAUCAGUGCCAUGUCAGAGAGGCGCACUUUACGUAUUUCCCGUGUAAGAAGCCGCGUGAGAUCGUCGGUGAGACACAAAAGCUGAAUAUGUAUCAAGCCAUAAAUCAUGGACUUAGUAUCGCAUUGGAAAACGAUCCACGUUCAGUGGUGUUCGGCGAGGACGUGGCAUUCGGAGGUGUCUUUCGUUGCACGAUGGACUUGAAGAAACGUUUCGGUGCCGAUCGUGUCUUCAACACGCCUCUCUGCGAGCAAGGAAUUGCCGGCUUCGGAAUCGGUUUAGCUAACGCGGGAAUAUCGGCGAUUGCCGAAAUACAAUUUGCGGACUACAUAUUUCCCGCUUUCGAUCAGUUAGUAAACGAAGCGGCCAAGAUGAGGUAUCGAAGCGGCAAUAUGUUUGACUGCGGCAAACUUACGAUUCGUGCGCCUUGCGGAGCCGUCGGGCACGGCGGUCUUUAUCACUCUCAGAGCCCUGAAGCCUAUUUCGCACACACUCCCGGCUUGAAGAUCGUCGUGCCUCGUGGAGCGACGCACGCGAAGGGUCUCCUGCUGAGCUGCAUCGACGAGCCGGAUCCCUGUAUCAUAUUCGAGCCUAAAGUUCUUUAUCGUACAGCGGUCGACGAGGUGCCUAUGGGACAUUACAAAAUCGAAAUCGGCAAGGCCGAGAUUGUAAGAAGCGGUGACGCCGUGACACUCGUGGGCUGGGGCACUCAGGUGCACGUACUGCUGGAGGUGGCCGACCUGGUCCAGAAGAAACUUGGCGCGUCCUGCGAGGUGAUAGACCUCGUCUCCAUUCUACCUUGGGACGCGGAACUCGUGUGCAAGUCGGUGAAGAAAACCGGACGCGUCAUCAUCGCCCACGAAGCGCCGAUGACGAAUGGAUUUGGGGCGGAAAUAGCCGCGACCGUCCAGGCGGAGUGUUUCCUGUACCUGGAAGCGCCGGUUCAAAGGGUCACGGGAUGGGACAGUCCCUUCCCGCACGUCUUCGAGCCGUUUUACCUACCGGACAAGUGGCGUUGCUUCGCAGCUGUCCGAGACGUUCUCGUAUACUGACAAUGAGAUCACGUUAAAGGGUGGCUACAUACACAAUGGCAGCUGCAGUACGUCGCAGUAAAAAAGAGGGAACUCCCCUAAGGGAACCUGUUGAUCACGAAAUGUUCGCUAAUUAGGUUAAAAAUAUUUUUUUACUGUUUUUAUUAUGAAUAAAACGUUUAAAAUUUGUAAGACACGA